AGGCAGCCUCUAGUUGAUUUCUGCUGUGUCUCUCAGCUACCCCACUCUCUGUGGGACUUUGAAAGCAGAAGGAGGAGAGGAGAGCGAGAACCCAGCCACUACGUCCUGAGUGCCCUGUGGCUCUGCCACUCACCGUUUCACUCUGAAAAGCAGGCCACCUGGGCUGUUAGGUAGCUGCCACCAUGAGUUUGGGCAUGAUGGAAGAGGAGGACUUGGCCGAAUACUUCCGGCUACAGUAUGGGGAGCGGCUGCUUCAACUUCUGCAGAAGUUCCCAAAUAUUGAGGAACAGUCAGAUUCUCCAUCCAUUCGGCUCCUGGAGAAGAAGAAAGAGGCAAAGAUCAUGCAGGAGGCCAUGGAACAUAAGAAGGAGACGUUCCAACGAAGAAUGGAAACGCUGAACUUGCGCUGGGAGGAACUAGGCAUUAAGGAAGAGCAGCUGAAGGCCCAUAUCCAGAAGUUUGAGCAAUUCAUCCAGGAGAAUGACCAGAAACGGAUCCGAGCCCUAAAAAAAGCCAACAAAGAGCGUGAACUGAAGCGGCAGCGCUUGCGGGAGCUGGCCAAGGCCAAGCAAGAGAUGACGGCUCUGAGGCUGGAGCACCAGAAGCUGAGUGUCAAGCUGCAGGACUAUGCCAUCUUCAACAAGUACCUGGAGAAGGUGGUGGAGAACUCUGAGUUUGAAGAGAUCCACGAGGUGAUUGCUCGCUACAAGACCCUGGUGAGCAUGCAUCAUGACCUCAUGCAGUCGGCCCAAGAAGGCCAGGAGAAGAUUGAACGGGCCAAGGCACGGCUGGCCCGAUACAUGGAGGAGAAGGAUGAUGAGAUCCUUCAGCACAACAAUGAGCUGGCAAGACUGCAGAUGCGCUUCGACCGGGCCCGCAGUGAUGUCAUCUUCUGGGGAGCAUUUCCACUAGCCUUCACUUGGGUCCUCUGA